AUGUUUGACUAUAUGGAAUUUCAAGCUUUUGGUCCCGGAGAAAUCCUGGAUCUGUAUGUGUCCAGCCCUGCAGUGUGCAUGCUACAGGAGCAGGAACGGGAACAGGAGCAGCAGGAUUUGGCUGCAUACUUCCCAGAGCUGAUCGAGACGGACUGGCAAACUCACCGCUGUGCACAAUUGGGAAGCCAGAGCUCCAGCUCCAGCUCAGAUGACCUGUUCACCAGCCCCGCCUCCCCUCUGCCCCCUCCUCGCACUUACAAGCCCUGUUUCGUCUGUCAGGACAAAUCCUCCGGCUACCACUAUGGAGUCAGUGCCUGUGAGGGCUGCAAGGGCUUCUUCCGCCGCAGCGUGCAGAAAAACAUGGUGUACACCUGCCACCGGGACAGAAACUGUAUCAUCAACAAAAUCACCAGGAACCGCUGUCAGUACUGUCGGCUGCAGAGGUGCUUCGCCGUGGGAAUGUCAAAAGAGUCUGUGAGAAAUGACAGAAACAGGAGAAAAGGGAAAAAGGAAGCGGUGAAGAUGACGAUCAUGGAGACGUACGAGCUGACGGCGGAGCUCGGUCUCAUCGUGGAGAAGAUCUGCAGGGCCCACAGAGACACCUUCCCCUCCCUGUGCCAGCUGGGAAAAUACACCACAAACUCCAGCUCAGACCACAGGAUCCAGCUGGAUCUCGGCUUGUGGGAUAAGUUCAGCGAGCUCGCCACCAAGUGCAUCAUCAAGGUGGUGGAGUUUGCCAAGCGAGUGCCUGGUUUCACCGGCCUGACCAUCGCUGACCAGAUCACUCUGCUCAAAGCCGCCUGCCUGGACAUCCUGAUCUUGAGGAUUUGCACUCGCUACACUCCUGACCAGGACACCAUGACCUUCUCCGACGGGUUGACCCUGACCCGCACUCAGAUCCACAACGCCGGUUUUGGACCGCUGACAGAUCACGUUUUCACAUUUGCAGGGCAGCUGCUGCCACUGGAGAUGGACGACACAGAGAGCGGCCUGCUCAGCGCCAUCUGCCUCGUCUCUGGAGACCGUCAGGAUCUGGAGGAGCCGUCCAAGGUGGAGGUGCUGCAGGAGCCGCUGCUGGAGGCGCUGAAGAUCUACUCCCGCAAGCGACGGCCCAGCAUGCCCCUCAUGUUCCCCAAAGCCCUCAUGAAGAUCACUGACCUGCGCAGCAUCAGUGCUAAAGGAGCGGAGCGAGUGGUGACGCUAAAGAUGGAGAUCCCAGGCUCCAUGCCUCCUCUGAUCAAGGAGAUGCUGGAGGAUCUGCAGAACCUGGACAAAAACCAGAGGAAAGACUCGGAGGAGAGUCGAUCGGAGCAAAACGCCACCGUCUCCUCGCAGUACCUGAACUCCUCCGGCUUCUUGCUCUGA